AUGGUGCGACUAGAUAUUUGCCAGAGCAACACAACAAGCAGUAACAACGGCAACAUAAGCAACAGCAGCAUAAGCAAAACCAACGGAACAAUAAUUAACAAUAAUGCGGGUGGCAGUUGCUCGUCGACAACCUCUUCAACGACCAGUUUGAAUAGUAAUCCGGCCUCGCCCGCCUGCACAAUGGUGAUGUUGCCGGCACCGCAGCAACGGGUGGUGCAGCAACAUCAGCCACAGCAGCUUCACAGCCGCAGCAGUCUUGAGUCGCAGCAACAGCAGCUGCGGCAACAGCAGCAACACUCGCCCUCAGACGGAGGUUCAUCGAAUUGCUCGCUCCCAGCAUCGCCGCCUUUGCUGCAGCAGACCCCUGGCACCACCGCCACCAAGGGCCCAGAUUUGUACCGCGCCGUCUACGCCCUACACCACCACGCACAACAGCAGCUGGCAUUGAUGGCGGAGCGGCACCAUCACCACCUGCCACCACCGCACGCCCUGCACCAUGCACCACUGCCGCCACCGCCCCCGAAUCUACCGCCACCCCACGAAAACAGUCAUGGUGGUGGCGGGCCAUCGCCGCGGGCGGAGGGCAGUUCCACCGCGGUCGGAGGAGGUGGUGGCUCCCACUCCACCAGCAGCGUGAGCCAGCCUUUCCACGCAGCAGCGGCGGUCCUUCAGGAGUCAGGGCAACGGUCUGAAUAACGGAACAAACUGGCAUCGCUCCAUUGCCCGCCGGGUCAGCUCUAUAUCCAGUAAUCCGGGCGAAUCUAUCCCGCCGGGCUACUACAUCGCACCACGCAUCCGCAGGAGGGCAUCUGUCCACAACAUCCGCACCAUCCGCACCCGCACCAUCACCAGCCCAUGUGCGCCAUGUCUGUGGAAUACGGGGUGUGUAAGCAACAAUCAAAGAUGAUUACGUACACGCAUUGUUUCAACUUGAAGUGUCCCGCCGUUCAGAUGGUGUCCCAGAACCGACCUCCACCCCCGAUGCCGGUGCCCGUCCAGGUGCCCCAGUACGUCAACGAGAACGGAACGCUCACCCAUGUGAUGCUCUCGCCGCAGCAGUACCAACAACUGCAUCCUGGCCAGGGACACCUCCAUCCAGCACCUUUCAUAAGCGCGAAUGGCACUUCGCAUUUCUAUACCCCUGUGGCAGGUUAUCCUGGUCCAGGUCCUGCCGGCAAUGGUCCACCACACUUUCAUUUGCCGCCACCACCGCCGCCACAGCAGCAGGCGCCCCAAGGAGCACCACCACCACAGCAACAACAACAGCAGGUGGCACCACCUUCGGUCCAAGGAGCUCCAAAUGCAGUGACGACAGGAACAGUUCAAGGAGCACCACCCACUGUGGCAGCAACCCACUCGCACUCCCACUCACACACCCAUUCACACGCCCACUCGCAUACAAAUCCGCAGGCACACCCACAUUCCCCACACUCGCCCUCUCCACCGAACUACCGGGAUGAGCGCAGUCAGCGGCAGCAUAACAAGCUGCUCAAGAAGCUGGAGAAGCAGCGGGAGUCAAAUCCGCCGCAUUCGCCAUCUCCGCGACGUGCCAACGAAUUAAAUGGUCACAAUAAUAACAACAUUCCUCCGGGCGUACCCAUGCCCGGCCACCUCAGCAGCCACCAUCAUGUGGUCAACCAACAAGGGCGUCGCUUGCCGCAACACCAGACUCAAACCCCCCCUGUGUCACAGCAGCAUCCACAGGCCAGAAAUGGAAAUCAUCAGCAUCCUCACAGAACUGGCAGUAGUGUGGGCGGCGCCAGUUCAGUGGGAACCUCCGAGGACGGCGAGGAUAAUUCCAGUCUGGCCGGCGAUGAUGAGGAGGAGUACCACAGAGAGAAUACCAUCAUAGAGCAAAUCUCAGCCAUUGAGAAGCCGGAAGUGAUUGAUGUGACUUCACGGGCGGCCAAGAUCAUCUGGGAGAGUCCAGCCAUAGCGGAUACCGUAACGGUCGAUAUGCGACAGCUGCGGUACCAAGUGCUCCUCUGUGAUUCGGGCAAACAAUGCAAAUACAAGAGUCUGUACCAAGGAGAGGCGUCCGAGUGCAUUGUGCAAGAUCUGCUGCCCGGCCAGGAGUACCUUGUUCGCUUGAAAGUGCAUUACCAGAAACUUACCGGAGCUGUAAGCGAUCCCACGGAAUUCCGUACUCCAGCCUGUGAGCCCGAUCAACCGCCGCCUCCGAAAUUGUUUUCUCGCACUAAGAGCUCGAUAAAUCUUCGAUGGACUGCUCCGGCAGCAAACGGUGCAAGCAUACAACACUAUCUGCUCGAAUAUGAUGAGGGCAGAAUUUCAGGACAGCCGCAGAAGUUCGUGGAGUUGGCCAAGAUCAAGACCAAGCACUAUGUCAUUGGGAAGCUACAACCAACUACUGUGUACAGUUUCCGUUUGGCCGCUGUGAAUGAAGUGGGUCAGAGUCCCUACUCUCCGGUGGCCAGCUACAGCACCUCCGGUAAUCCUCCACCAGUGCCCAGACCUCCCCAGCUAAUAGGAAGCACUUCGAAUUCCCUGAAACUCGGCUGGGAGCGGCGGGCACAAGAUGGAGACUUCCUGCUGCAACUGCAAGAUGCGGAAUCUGGACAUGGCUACCUGAAUACCUACAAGGGUACCGAGCUACAAACGGAGUGCCUGCAAUUGAGGCGUGCUAGCAGCUAUCAAUUCCGUCUGAGAUCCGAGAACGAAGCGGGCUAUUCGCCCUGGUCACCUGAAGUCAGCUACCGCACCUUAGCGGAACGUCCAGGAAGGCCAGGAAAGCCACAUGCCAAGGGAAAAAUUCAUGGUACUCAGUUUAAGGCUCGCUGGGAUGCACCCAGUGAUACUGGUGGUGCCGAGAUCGUUCGAUACCACUUGGAGUUAAGUGCCGCUGGUCCGGCUUUUGAGAGAAUCUACAGCGGAGCUGAAACAGAGGCCAUGUGCGAGAGACUCCAACCGGGCACCACAUACGCCCUGCGAGCUUGUUGCGAAGGUCCUGCUGGUCAGAGUCCCUACUCCGAUGUAGGACACGUUACCACGGAAGCAGUGCCACCAUCUGCCCCUCCUCCACCGCACUGCAGCGAUCCUCCCUCGCCGUACGCCGCCCUCUUGAAACUUCAGCAUCCGGACUACAAUGGUGGAGCUCCAAUCCUGGAGUUCGAAGCCCAAAUGCGUCGCCUGGAGCAAGUGCAACCACCGCAAUUGGUGUACCGCGGCAAACAGGCCUAUUUUGUUGCGCAGGAUCUGAUACCAGGAGGCAUGUACGAGGCUCAAGUGAGGGCUAUUAACCGUAUUGGCGCCGGAAACUGGUCGCAGUGGAUGAGAUUCACGGCAGCACCUGCUGCGCCCGGAGUACCUGAAGAACUUCGGGUGCUGGUCAAGUCUGCCACCCAUCUGGGUGUCAGUUGGCAGCCGCCGUUGCAGGAGAAUGGAGCGCCAGUGACGAGUUACACUCUGAAGAGUGCCAGCCAAGAAAGAACAGGUGAGGACUCCGAGCAGGAGGCGAAGGAACCACCCAGCACAGAAUUCCACAACUGCUAUCAGGGACCGCUAACCUGCGCGGAGCUAAAAAAUCUGUCGCCCUACACACGCUAUCAUUUCCGCAUCCAGGCGAGUAACUCAGCCGGAACGGGAACCUCCUCCGAUGUGAUAAGUGUGUGCACUCCGGCCGCAGUCCCUGGAGCUCCUCAAAUGCAGGGCUACGAGUUUACCGCCCAGGAGGUCACUCUAAACUGGACGCAGCCAGCGGCCCAUGGAUCUCCCAUCUGCUCCUACAAUAUUGAGUACGGGGAGAGAACCAUCGCCACUCCGGAUGCCUGUACGCGGUAUACGGUCAAUGGUCUAAUGCCCGAAACUGGCUACAAGUUCCGCGUGCAAGCAGUGAACGCCAUUGGAGCAGGUGCCUUUAGUGCCUAUGCAAAGCUGACGACCCAGCCGGCACCCCCGGCGCCACCUCGCCUUGAGUGCAGCGGUGCUGGACACAAUUACAUCAAGCUGAAGUGGGGUGAGAGUGGAACUGGCAAAGUGGUAAACUCCAAUCCGUCUGGAAACGGCGGUGAUUUCACCAAAUACUUUGUGGAGAUGUAUGUGGCACGGGCAAAACAGUUUCAGGCUGUCUACUCAGGCACCAAUUGCAUGUGCAAGGUGCACAAAUUGCAGGAGCGCAGCAGCUACACCUUCCGGAUCUAUGCCCAUACGGACCGUGCUGGCGAUGGGGAUUACUCGGAAGAAUUCGUUUUCGAAACCUCGGCCACGCUGCCCGCGAACAUAAAGCCUCCUCGUGUUGUCCAAGAGGGUAGCGUUUGCCUUAUGGAGCUGCCCGGCCAACUGGGUAUGCAACUCACAUUGGAAUGGCAGCACUCUAAGAACUCCUUCCAUGAUCGCGUCGAGUACGAGUUGCAAUACGCUGUUUUGGGUACAGCAGAAUUAGAGGGCGAAUCUCUUUCGCCCAAAGGUCGCAGCAGCAGUUCCAGUGGCAGCUCAAGCGGAGCUCCAGUUAAUUUGGCCAACCAUGACUACAGACAGUUGUACCUUGGCCCUGAGACCAAGUUUAACAUUGACAAUCUUGCCGCAGGCACUUGUUACCAAUUCCGUGUGUGUCCUGUGCGAAUAGCGGCAGGUGGAGAGCUACUCUACGGUCAACCGUCGAGUCCAUUGCGCUACCAGGUGCCCAGUGAGCUUGAUCCCAGUGCGGCUACUUGCCAUCACCACCUGCACGGCUCUACUGCACCACCGGCGGUGGCCACCACGCAGAGGAGCAGCCGGAAACUGUCUUCUGGCAAUGGAUCGACCAAUGGUUUGCACAUGAGAUCGGUAAGUGCGUCGGCAAUUACUGGAGCGAGCGGCGUGGGAGCGGAUCCUGCGGCAAUUGGACGACUGCAACAGGAACUUUCCGGUUUCAAUGCCUGCGCAGAUCCCCUCCAUCACCAUCAUCAUCACCAUCACCACCACCAUCAGCCGUGCGGCGGCGGAGGAGGUGGUGGAAUGGUCGGCGCCACGGACCCCCAUCACCAGCAUCAGCACCACAUGCACCACUCGCAUCACAUGCACCAUGCCCACCAUCCGCACUCCGGAAUAGGUGUCAGCUCCUCGGGUUCCAGCUUAUCAACGACGGCGGCCAUCUCCUCCAGUUUGGCACAGGCGGGUGGAUUAAGGCGGAUCGUCGGUAAGCUAACUUCACUCUACUCCAACCGGAGGCGACUGAGUGACCAACAAAAGGCCGUCUGCAUUGUGGUUUCCUUCCUAGUGGGCACUUUCUUGGCGGCCAUGCUCGUCAAUAUGUUGCGGGGAUAAAAGGACACGGGGUUCUAAAUUAAAAUGGCGCCCAUUGUGACGCAAAAAAGUUUCAAAAAUGGUUCCCAAGGUCGGACCAUAGAAAAUUGCCGGCAAAACGACAGGCGAAAAGAAAAAAACAAAUAUGAAACACUUUAUGUCUCAAAGAAGUGAUUUAAAGCAUUAGUUGUAAUUAUGUAUUUUUUAUAUAUGUACCGUAACUGAAUCAAAAUCAAACUGUAUAUUGUCUAAUUUUAAACAAACAAGCAGAACAGGAAAUCAAAACAAAAAAUAGCUAAAAAUAAAAUAAGUGAAAAGGAGGAGAGAAGAAACAAGAAAGAUGAGAAAGCGAAACCCCCAUUAUUGUAUUAAAUGUACACAAAAACCGCAAAAGCAUACAUUCACACAGCUAAAUGUUAAUAAUGGUAUUUACUUAUAAUAUUUGUUGUCACAAAACGAAAGUCUAAUCUCCAUAUGUGCUAUAAACAAAACAGAGCAGCCAGCAAACGAACCUAAAAGAAAACCUAAAGGCUCACCAGUACUUGUCAGACCUGUUCCGAAAAAUGCUUCUCAAACUGUUACUUUAUGUGUGGCCCCCCAAACUGCAUUUGCCCUCCCGGUGGGUUUGUAAAAUUCGUGUAUAAUACGUGUAGAACUAGCAUGUGGCCCCUUAGCGCAAGAUUUUUUUUACAAGACCUUUUGUAAAAUGUAUUCCAACAAUAACGAUUGUAGAUAGCUGGUCAACAAAUUGCACCAACUAAAGACACUCCUAAGUAGCUAAAACGUAACCGAAUUGAGAGCGGGGGCAUUGAAGGGGUCGGAGGGCAAAUGCUUAACGAAUGAUUAAACGAAGAAAAAUAUGAAUUUAUUAGACUACUAGCUACAAGUAUUCAGUGCUGUAUAAUUGUUUCCCCAAACGCUCCCAAUCUACGCAGAUAUAUAUAUAUAUAUACAAAACAUAGAUAUAUGUAAAACAGCAGACGCUUCUUUCAUUCUCACAACCUUUUUAUACGAAUUAUUACACAAUUUAUUAUAAACAUAUUAUACGACAAGCAGAAAUCGAGAAAACCAAGGCAACCCCAGUUGGGGCUGCUAUAUCCGCUGGCAAUCCAACUGUUGCAUUUCACAACCAACUAAACAAAUUCAACCCGACACUUUUUCGUAGGCUGUCCCAUGUGGCUAUAGCAGCCCCAACUAGGCAAAGUGAUUUAUAUUCCAAUUAUUAUUAUUUUUCUAAUUAAAUAAAUUAAACUAAAUGUAA